CCCCGGAGCACAUCCCCACACCGGGGGCGGCCCUGAGCUGGCAGGCCGCCAUCGACGCUGCGCGGCAGGCGAAGAUGAUGGGCAAUGCUGCAUCAAGCGGAGGGGCGGGGCUUGGGUCGGGAGGGGGCGGGCCCAUCUCCACGGCCAGCUCUACGCAAAGGAAGAGACAACACUAUAGCUCUAAGCCCAAGAAACAGACAACAACGACAGCCACAAGGCCACCACGGGCCCUGCUCUGUCUCACGCUCAAGAACCCCAUCCGCAGGGCCUGUAUCAGCAUCGUAGAGUGGAAACCAUUUGAGAUCAUCAUCCUGAUGACCAUUUUUGCCAACUGUGUGGCCUUAGCUGUCUACAUCCCCUUCCCUGAGGAUGAUUCGAACGCCACCAACUCCAACCUGGAGCGCGUGGAGUAUCUGUUCCUCAUCAUUUUCACAGUGGAGGCAUUCCUGAAGGUAAUAGCCUAUGGCCUGCUCUUCCACCCCAACGCCUACCUGAGGAAUGGCUGGAAUCUGCUGGACUUCAUCAUCGUAGUCGUAGGGUUAUUCAGUGCGAUCUUGGAGCAGGCCACCAAGGUGGACGGUGCCACUCCUAUUGGAGGGAAGGCAGCGGGCUUUGAUGUCAAGGCUCUGAGGGCAUUCAGAGUACUCAGACCCCUCAGACUGGUCUCUGGAGUACCCAGUUUACAGGUAGUGUUGAACUCCAUAAUCAAAGCCAUGGUUCCCCUGCUCCACAUUGCCCUGCUGGUCCUCUUUGUCAUCAUCAUCUAUGCCAUCAUCGGCCUGGAACUCUUCAUGGGCAAGAUGCACAAGACCUGCUAUUACAAGCAUUCAGCCAAUGCAGAGGAAAAGCCGGCACCGUGUGCACCGGACGGAGCUUAUGGUCGACACUGUAUGCGUAACGGAACAGAGUGUAAAGUGGGAUGGGAGGGCCCAAACGACGGCAUCACAAACUUUGACAACUUUGCCUUUGCCAUGUUGACGGUGUUCCAGUGUAUAACCAUGGAGGGCUGGACAGACGUGCUGUACUGGAUGCAGGAUGCUAUGGGCUAUGAGCUGCCAUGGGUCUAUUUUGUCUCUCUCGUCAUCUUCGGCUCCUUUUUCGUUCUCAAUCUCGUUCUGGGGGUGUUGAGCGGAGAGUUUUCCAAGGAGCGAGAGAAGGCCAAGGCACGUGGUGACUUCCAGAAACUCAGAGAAAAACAGCAACUGGAAGAGGACCUCAAGGGCUAUUUAGACUGGAUCACUCAGGCUGAAGACAUUGACCCCGAGAAUGAAGAGGAGGGCAUGGACGAUGACAAACCCAGAAACCUGAGCAUGCCAGCCAGCGAGAAUGAAUCAGUCAACACAGACAAUGUUCCCGGGGGAGACGUGGAGGGGGAGACCUGUUGUACCCGGCUAGCAAAUAGGAUCUCCAAAUCGAAGUUCAGUCGAUACUCUCGGAGGUGGAACAGGCUGUGUAGGAGGAAGUGCCGGGCAGCAGUCAAAUCACAGGUUUUCUAUUGGCUGGUCAUCUUCCUGGUUUUCCUCAACACUCUGACAAUCGCCUCUGAGCAUCACCGGCAGCCUCAGUGGUUAACUGAUGUACAAGACAUAGCUAACAAAGUGUUACUAGCUCUCUUCACUGGUGAGAUGCUGUUGAAGAUGUACAGCCUGGGUCUACAGGCGUACUUUGUUUCACUCUUCAAUCGCUUUGACAGCUUCGUAGUAUGCGGAGGAAUUCUUGAGACCAUUCUGGUGGAAACUAAGAUCAUGUCUCCUCUCGGCAUCUCUGUGUUACGUUGUGUACGCCUGCUGAGAAUUUUCAAAAUAACCAGAUACUGGAACUCCCUGUCCAACCUGGUGGCCUCCCUGCUAAACUCUGUUCGCUCCAUCGCUUCCCUGCUGCUCCUGCUCUUCCUCUUCAUCAUCAUCUUCUCCCUGCUUGGCAUGCAGCUCUUUGGGGGGAAAUUCAACUUCGACGAAACCCGACGCAGCACCUUUGACAACUUUCCCCAGUCUCUGCUCACUGUGUUUCAGAUCCUAACAGGAGAGGACUGGAACUCUGUGAUGUAUGAUGGCAUCAUGGCGUAUGGUGGACCAUCCUUCCCCGGCAUGCUGGUCUGCAUCUACUUCAUCAUCCUCUUCAUCUGUGGAAACUAUAUCCUACUGAAUGUCUUCUUGGCCAUCGCUGUGGACAAUUUGGCAGACGCUGAGAGCCUCACAUCCGCCCAGAAAGAAGAGGAAGAGGAGAAGGAGAGGAAAAAACUAGCCAGGUUGGCCAGCCCAGAGAAGCGCCAUAACAAUGAGAAGCCGCCUCUGGAGGAGGAGAAGAAGGAGAAGAUAGAGCUGAAGUCCAUCACCUCUGAUGGAGAGACUAACACUGCUACUAAGAUUAACAUAGAUGAGUACUGUGGAGAUGAGAGUGAAGAGAAGAAUCCAUAUCCUGCCAAUGAUUACAUAGGAGACGAUGAUGACGAUGAGCCAGAGAUGCCAGUGGGCCCAAGGCCACGGCCACUGUCCGACAUUCAGCUGAAGGAGAAGGCCAUUCCUAUGCCUGAGGCCCGCGCUUUCUUCAUCUUCAGCCACACCAACAAAUUCAGGGUUCUGUGCCAUAAGAUCGUCAACCACAACAUCUUCACCAACCUCAUCCUCUUCUUCAUCCUGCUCAGCAGCAUCAGUCUGGCAGCAGAGGACCCAGUCAAAAAUGAAUCUUUCAGAAACCAGAUCCUGGGCUAUGCAGACCAUGUCUUUACUGGACUCUUCACCAUAGAGAUCAUUCUAAAGAUGACAGCCUAUGGAGCCUUCCUCCAUAAAGGUUCAUUUUGUAGAAACUAUUUCAAUAUUCUGGACCUGGUGGUGGUCAGUGUGUCUCUCAUCUCCUCUGGAAUACAAUCUAGUGCAAUUAAUGUGGUGAAGAUCCUGAGAGUUCUGCGAGUGCUCAGACCGUUAAGGGCCAUCAACAGAGCCAAGGGACUAAAGCAUGUAGUACAGUGCGUGUUUGUGGCCAUCAGGACCAUCGGCAACAUUGUCAUUGUCACCACGUUGCUGCAGUUCAUGUUUGCCUGUAUUGGAGUACAACUCUUUAAGGGCAAGUUCUUCGUCUGUUCCGACAACUCUAAACAAACCCAGGCAGAGUGCAGGGGUUCCUACAUUAUGUAUAAGGACGGUGAUGUGGGAAAACCUGAAAGAGCCCAGAGAGUGUGGGAGAACAGUGACUUUAACUUUGAUAAUGUCCUGCAAGGCAUGAUGGCUCUGUUCGCUGUGUCUACGUUUGAGGGCUGGCCAGGGUUAUUGUACCGAGCCAUAGACUCUCACGCUGAAGAUGUUGGGCCCAUCUACAACUACCGUGUAGUCAUCUCCAUCUUCUUCAUCAUCUACAUCAUCAUCAUCGCCUUCUUCAUGAUGAACAUCUUCGUCGGUUUCGUCAUCGUUACAUUCCAGGAGCAAGGAGAGCAAGAAUAUAAGAACUGUGAGCUGGACAAGAACCAGCGCCAGUGCGUAGAGUAUGCUUUGAAGGCACGUCCAUUGCGUCGCUACAUCCCCAAGAACCCUUAUCAGUACAAGGUGUGGUAUGUGGUCAACUCCACCUACUUUGAGUACCUGAUGUUCACACUCAUCCUUCUCAACACCAUCUGUCUGGCCAUGCAGCAUCAUGGACAGACCAAAAAUUUCAAUGAUGCCAUGAACAUCCUCAACAUGCUCUUCACUGGACUCUUCACUGUGGAGAUGAUCCUUAAACUGAUCGCCUUCAAACCCAGGGGGUACUUUAGUGAUCCCUGGAAUGUGUUUGAUUUCCUCAUCGUAAUUGGCAGCAUAAUAGACGUCAUUCUCAGUGAGAUCAACCCAGCUGACUCCUCCUCGUCCUCGUCCUCCUCCUCUUCGUCCUCCUCCUCCUCCUCUUCCUCCUCUCACCCCCCUGCGGUAAGGCCAAUGGGACUGCAGAACUCUGAAGAGAACGCCAGGAUCUCCAUCACCUUCUUCCGGCUGUUCCGCGUGAUGAGGCUGGUGAAGCUGCUGUCUCGCGGGGAAGGGAUUCGGACCCUGCUGUGGACCUUCAUCAAAUCCUUCCAAGCACUGCCCUACGUAGCUCUACUUAUAGUGAUGCUAUUCUUCAUAUACGCUGUCAUCGGUAUGCAGAUGUUUGGUAAAAUAGCGCUGCGGGACCAUACAGAGAUCAACAGGAACAACAAUUUCCAGACGUUCCCUCAGGCAGUGCUGCUGCUCUUCAGAUGUGCAACAGGUGAGGCAUGGCAGGAGAUCAUGCUGGCGUGCUAUAUCAAUAAGCCGUGUGAGAAAGGAUCAACCAAUGAGAACAAUACGCACAACGAGGACUGUGGCAGCCAGUUUGCCAUCAUUUACUUUGUCAGCUUCUACAUGCUCUGCGCCUUUCUGAUCAUCAACCUGUUUGUGGCCGUCAUCAUGGACAACUUUGACUACCUGACACGUGAUUGGUCAAUCCUGGGGCCACAUCAUCUUGAUGAAUUCAAGAGGAUCUGGGCUGAAUAUGAUCCGGAGGCUAAGGGGAGGAUAAAGCAUCUGGAUGUUGUGACUCUGCUGCGGAGAAUCCAGCCUCCCCUCGGUUUUGGAAAACUCUGUCCACACAGGGUGGCCUGCAAGCGUCUGGUGUCGAUGAACAUGCCUCUGAACAGUGAUGGAACAGUGAUGUUCAACGCCACACUGUUUGCCUUGGUCAGAACCGCACUCAGGAUCAAGACAGAAGGUAACUUGGAGCAGGCCAAUGAGGAACUGAGGGCAAUAGUGAAGAAGAUCUGGAAGAGAACUAGCAUGAAGCUCUUGGAUCAAGUAGUGCCCCCUGCUGGUGAUGAUGAGGUAACAGUUGGGAAGUUCUACGCUACCUUCCUCAUCCAGGAAUAUUUCCGCAAGUUUAAGAAGAGGAAAGAACAAGGCCUCGUGGCCAAGGUGCCCCCCAAAACUGCCCUCUCUCUGCAGGCGGGCCUGCGGACAUUGCAUGACAUUGGUCCAGAGAUUCGGAGGGCCAUCUCUGGAGAUCUGACUGUGGAGGAGGAGCUGGAUAAAGGCUUGAAGGAGCCUGUGUCAGCUGCAUCCGAGGACGAUAUCUUCAGGGUAAAGCGUACAGGCGGGUUGUUCAGCAACCACGUCAACUACUACAACCAGAGCGAUGGCCGCAGUUCUUUUCCACAGUCCUUCACUACGCAGCGUCCCUUGCACAUCAGCCAAAAGGGCUCCCCUUGUGAAGGCGAGAGCCCAUCUCAUGAGAAGCUCAUGGACUCAACCACUUUCACCCCUUCCUCUUACUCUUCAUCAGGCUCCAACGCCAACAUUAACAAUGCCAACAACACCGGCAUGGCCGGGGUGACAACCCAGGGAAUCAGUCGAUUCCCAAGCCCGUCCAUUAGCACUGUGGACGGGCACACAGGACAGCCGCUCACCCCCAUCCUGUUGCCAAGAUCAGCGUGGUGCUUUCCUCCAAAGAGGACGUAUUUUUAUGACACCCUCAUGCGCUCGGAUUCAAGUGACAGCCAUCUGCCAAUCAUCCGAAGAGGCGAGGGGUCAACAGAGGAGACGUAUGAUGAGAGCUACGUCGACGACAGGGAGUACCAUGAGGACGACCAUUCGCUCUCCUCUGACAUGCUUGUGUACCAAGAUGACACAUGUAAGCAGUUGACUCCCAUGGAGGAAGGAGAGGAGGUAGAAGACAGAAGAGGAGGAGGAUGGCAGUCUCCCAGGAGAGUCUUCCUCUGCCCCACUUCUCUGGGACGGAGAUCCUCCUUCCAUCUGGAGUGUCUCAGGAGACAGUCAAGACCAGACGUCUCCCAGAAGACGGCUGUACCCCUACACCUUGUACAUCAUCAGGCUCUGGCAGUGGCAGGGUUGAGUCCUCUGCUAAGAAGAAGUCACUCACCUACACUCUUCAGCCGGCUGUGCUCUACGCCUCCAGCCAGUCCCACAGCCCAUGGCAGUGAUGCCUCCUACCAGCGAGUACCCUCUCUGAGGCUAGAGGGCUCCAACUCCCAUGAAAAGCUCAAUACCAGUUUGCCCUCUGUCAACUGCGGGCCCUGGUACAGUGACAGUAAUGGGAACAGCCGGGUGCCCAGUCCAAGCACCAGUGUGUCAGUGCCCACUCAAAGACCGCGGCCGGUGUCACUCACAGUGCCCUCACUACUGGGAAAAGACUCCAGCUCACUGUCUCAUGGCAGCGCAGGCAGUCUGGUGGAGGCGGUGCUAAUAUCAGAGGGUUUGGGUCAUUUUGCCCAGGACCCGUCGUUCAUUGAGGUGACCAAAGCCGAGUUGGCCGAUGCCUGCGACAUGACCAUUGAGGAGAUGGAGCACGCCGCCAACAACAUUCUCAACGGCAACACCGCCACGAACGCCACAUCCAGCACCUCCUCCACCUCCCAGCACAGCCCCAAUGGCAACCUCCUCCCUUUCCACACAGCAGCAGCAGCAACGCACAGGGACCAAGCGGUCAACGAGGGCGGGGAAGAGGCCGGAGGAAGCAGAGGCUCCGUCCAUGAGCCAUCCUCAGUGGAGGAGCGGCAGGAGCUGCUAGCAGGGGGGAGGGGACCAGAAGAGGAGGAGGAAGAAGUGGAAGUGAAGGAGGAGGGGCACCACAGAAGCUCGGUUGUAAUUGGGGCAGCACGGCAGAGGAACAGCGGGCUGUUGGAGGACGAGGAUAUGGAGUGUGUGACAAGUUUGUAGGAGUUGGCUUGACGGGUUCGAUCGGCCAACUGGCCCCUCUGACAUCAUCAGAGACUGACGUUUGUCAGUGCUGGGUAACAGCGCCACAGCUGGCUCUGUCUGUCCCCGCCCCUCACACACACAUACACACACGUACACACACACGUACACACACACACACACUGUCUGCCUCUCUGCCAGACGUACCCGCUCUGGACAUUGGCGGCCAGUGACGCAACCCUGGUUAUGACUUUGUUGGUUUCAUAUGAGUUUGUAUGUGUGUGAAUAUUUGUAGUAAAGUAUACUACUCUAUACUCUAUACUAUUUGAGUGAAUGCUUGUGUGUGUGUGUGUGUGUGAUCUAUGAUUUUCUCUCUUUGUACGUGUACGUGAGUGCGUGUGUUCUCCACACGUGUCUGAGUGUGUCUCUAAAGUGCCUCACAGUUUUAUCAUGUCCUCAAAGUGUGAAGAGCAGAAAAGUAGAGACGAGCAAAAAAAAAAAGAUGGAGAAAGCAAAGAUGAAGGAAAGGUGGAAAGGAAACAACAGAAGCAGGAAGUCCUUUUAUGGAUUUACUGCAGGUGACAUAGUGUGUUUAUCGUUUUCAUUUCCUCUGCCUACUUUGGUGUUGUGUUAUUGUUGUUUGUCUGGCCGCCAUGAAGCCAGGUAGGGGACAGCAGACCAGCUUGUGGGAGGGGGGAUCAGUUAAGGAUUCAAAUCUGACCGCACCCACUUGAGGUCAAAGGUCAACUCCUCCUUCUUGGUUCACUGAUGAUGAAGCGCUGUAUUGAGUAAACGGGGUCGAGGAACACCCUGUUUGAAAUCUCAUUUCUCUUCCUCUUCCAAAGCUAAGGAACCUUGGAGCACAGCCCUGCCAGCCUGGGGGUGGGAUUAAGGUGACAAGCCACCCCCAGCCAAAGGGGGGAAGGAUCUGAGGGAUGGACCAACAGCCAGAACAGGGCUGCUGUACGGGGCCGCGGGCAGAGAGAGACACUCACAGGAAGCUAGCCAGCUCUUCUAUCUGCUGGUCAAUAAGACGCCAGCGAGAGACAAACUCACCUCGUCCGUCACCUUGAUCUGGCUUUGCCUCCUCCGCCGCUUUUCUUCGUUUUGGCCAAGCAAGCGGUGGCUAAGCAGAGACAGCAGGCCCCCUUUUCUGCCUCAUACCUCGCCGUUCCUCACUCCUCCCUCUCUCCUUCCUCCCUUCACUUUGGUUAUUCCAACAUCCGUCUCCCUCCAUCGCUGGGUUUUUGCUUUUUCAGCGCUCGGGAGGCGAGUGUGUCAAACAGGGCAACAGAGGCAGAGGGUGGAGGAGAGGACGGGAGUGACCGAUUGAAAAGAAAACAGACUCUGGGCAUGGAUCUACAGAGGAUCUGUCCGUCAAUCCACCUCACUUCCUACUCCAAGACCCUCCUCUUCCUCUCAGCGAGGAAUCCUAUUGGAUUUGCUGCCACACACUCUCUCUACAGACCACGCCCACUAUGUAUUUAACAGUUCAAUAUUGUGCAAAACUGGCUAGCCAUGACUAUUUUGUUUUAUAUUCAUGAUGUUAUUGGUUUAAUUUAUCCUUGAUUUGUUUGCACAAUCGGGGUGCUGGUCUUAUAAAUGUAUUUUUGCUCGGUUUAUUUUAGGAGAAUUUUAAGAGGUUUUAAGUAUCGAAGCAGGGCGUAGUGUUUGCGUGCGAGUGUAUAAACUAUAUUUGUGCGUGUCUGCGUUUUAGUACAGGAUGUGUGUGCGUGUGAAUGCGUGAGAUAGCGUGUAUCUAAAAGGGGGGGUUCUUUCUCUCUAUCAGUAUGCACCUUUUACAGAUUGUAUCUAUUUAUUUAUUUAUUUUUCCCAGAAGAGAAAAAAAUGUGUAUGAGGAUGUACGUUUGUAUGUGCGUGCGUGCCUGUGUUCGAGUGGUUACUUAUGUAUUCUAAAAAGCUGAUUUUAAGCCUAGACAGUAAAUUAAGGUAGCAUUACAAGUAUGGUAUUGUGUGAGUGUGUGAGCGAGGGUGUGUGUGUGUGUUUGUGUGUGAUAAUGGGCCUCCUUAACACAGGGUUACCAUGGACAGGCAUGCUUCCAAAGCUUUGUGGUUUCUUUAGCAUGGUUUUUACUUUUUAGCCAAGCUGCAGCGUCAGAAGCCACUCUGAAAAUUAGUCAUCGCAUAACUUUUCUUUAUUUUCUGUAUAGAGAUAGUUAGGUGUUAAGGUCUCCAGCGAGGUCAGAGUGACACUUAAGUUUACAGCGGUGAUGAGUUUCGGCCUUGCAGCUUGGCCAGAAGGUAACAAGCCUUUUGGCAUUUGCUGCUUUUCUUCUUUACGGUGGAUAGUUACUCUGAAUGGUAGAAGCACCAAAUUCGUACUGCCACAGUGACGCUCAUGAAGUGAAGUGGGGAGAUGACGCCCUGAUCACUCAGCUGUAACACACCGUAAUCACAUCAUUUAAUCGUAGUUUAAACUCCAAAUGAACUAUUAGGGCUGGUGUACAGAUGCUGCAAGACUUCUGAAUCACAUCUCUUUGUCUGAGGUCUGCUUAUAUCACAAAACAUGAUGAUUUAUUAUUGAUUUACUGUCAUUAGAAAUAGUUCCCUGUCUGUAUUAUCACUUACUGGUAAAACUAAGUACUGAAAAAAUCUUACAGGCAGGAAAUUUACUAGUAAUUGGUAAGAUGUGAUAAUUGUUUGGUUAACAUGAUAAAUUAUUGGAUACAGAUCAGAAAACAUCAUCUUGAAGGGAGGUUGUGUCCUGGAUAAACCCCUGGUGUGAUUUUUGUCUUUUCAUUUUCUUGUAAUGGAUUUUAGGUAGCAUGCUGACAACUUUUUUAUUGAACUUUCUCUAUUAUGGCACAGGUAUGAACCUCAGGCCUCAGUACAUUACACAGGGCACAGGUAUCUCUUUGGAAUUGUAUCUUCUCCAAAAAAACUAAACAAAAUUUCAGUAUAUCACAUCUUUGGUACCAAUUGUCACAUUCAUUAACUGACUUUAUAGUAUUUAAAGCUGAAAUGAUUCAAUUCAGCUCUGAAAAUUCAGAAAAACAAACAGACAUGUUUGUUGUUACCACCACAAUCCCGACACAAACUCAAAAAGACACGAGGAUAGUAUUGAAAAAUCUAUCUUAGAUUCAUCAGAUACAUUUUAUGUUCUGGUUACAGCAUUAAAAACACUACUUUUAAACUAUUUUAUUAGCUCUAAAAAUCCAGAUAUGUUGCAAUAGCCUAGGACAAUUCAAGACAUUUGUCAAAAGACUAUAAAUUAUAAAUCUGUAAAAACUUUUAGACACAUUGAAAUCUCACCUGAGACACUAUCCCAUGUGAACUUACAGCCAUUCACUUUAGUUUACCAUUAAGGACUAACUGCUGGGCUCUCAUUCCUACAUGUUGAGCAGAGCAGGUUUGUGGCAGGGAAGGGUAUGCAUGAACACACUGCCAUACACUGCAUCCUGUGCCAGUAACAGACUUCUGACAUUAUUAUGCAAACUAAAUGUGAAUGUUAAACAUGUUUUAGUGGCAGUGCUAUUGUUGUUUUGUGGUUAUGACCAUACUGCAAACCCUGAAGAAGUCUGUGUUGUCAAAGGAAAUACCCUCCGCGACAUUUCGUCUGUUGCCGUUUGUUUUUUUGUUUGUUUUUUUUCUCAUAUCAAGAACCUUUUAUCUUCAUUAUGUCUUCAGCAUUUUUUUUUCUUUCAGUUACUCUAAAAGCACCUCAUUAAAAUAGUUCUUUAUUCAAAUAACUUGGUACCAUAAGCUAACAGGCUACUUUGCAGCUUGUGGCUCAGUUUCAGUAUAAGCUGCUUUUUCUAGCCAAACUUUAAGUCUAAAAGUUAGGAGGUCAGAUUUAGAUGUGGCCAAACAUGUUAAUGUGUAUGCAGGAAAGCAUCUGGGUUCAGUGUUUGAAACUUAAACUGAGCACAAUCUCACUUUGUGCUUUGUUGGAUCAGCCCUGCUAAAGUUUAUUUAACUCUGAAUUUAAAUGAGUUAUUUCUGCUAAUUUACUUGCUAAACCUAAUGCCUCUUAGGUUUAAAUCAUCAAUUAUAAAUGUAACCAGCAGGCACCUGUGUUGUAAAGUAGUAGUUUUUGUACCCGAAGCUGCUACAGAGGAGCCAGCAACAGUGUCUGCUUUCUACCAACAAUUUUAUUUAGUAUAGCAACAGCUAUGAAUGUUACUCUCUCAAGGCAGUUUUGAUAAGAAACCAUGUAACAAAUGACAAUACUUUACUAAAUUUUAAGGAAUCAAUGAAUUAUUUAACACAGAACCAUUCUCAGACUUGACCAAGUAAAAUUAGAAUGGGGAUAUUCCCACGAGGCUGUAUAACAGAUAUGUUUUAUCUUCUAUGGUCACAGUCUUAAGAUGAAGAAUCAGUAAUCACACAAUUCUGAAUCACAUUCAGAAAUGUUCAGCAUCACUUCCAGCUUUGAGAAUAAAAGAACACACAUGAUUCAUACACACAUUCAUAAACUACAUUCAGUCCAAAUCCUUUGCUUUUGUGAUUUCUAUAAAUGUUACUUUACAUAUUAUAGACACGCAUCCUCCUAUAGAGUAACCCUGCAUAUCAGAAGUGCCAGACCAGGCUCUGUUGUGUCUGUUUAAAGGCUCUUUGGUUUCAGGUGAGAGAGAUUCAGAGGCCUGUGGUGCCCCCGUGUGGAGUGGAGCAGCAUUGCAGUUUGAUGUUAGUAUAGGUUAGUAUGAAUUAUGAGGUGUUGUGUUGCAGUAUAUGGUAUGAGUGGGUGUAAUCCUGCAUCCCACAAGAUAUGCAAAAACAAUGCAAUAACUAUGACUGUAUACAAGGUUCCCGAAGUAAAUAUACGUGUGAAAGUGAAAAAAAACAUCAUGACAAUGUUUUUUUGUUUGUUUGUUUUUACAUUUUUAAGUAAACUCAGUGGUUUCCAUGCCAGAGAAACCUAACAUACUUGAAAUCAGGUACAUUGCAGUGCAGUAUAGUAAAGAUGUAUUUAUUUAUCUUAAUCGUGCCAGGGUGUUGGAUCUGAAUCUGCAGUCAAAGAUGUGUGUUGAGACAGGGACGUGAAAAUUAGUGUUUCUGCUCACAGUUUAACAUCCAGCCAAUGGAGACCCAGAAUGAAUAACUGAUUAUUCAUUUUGAUGAUCCAGCAGCAAAAAUAACUAACUUCACCUCUCUGACUCGAUACAUUUUUGACUGUGACCCUUUUCUCUUGUUUAUUUCCAGUUAAAUGGAUUGAGCUACGUGGGUGCACCAUCAGUAUUGCAUGAGGUUCACGUGUUGACAUUGAGCGUGCCAGGUUUUGCAGUCGUUUUGUUUUUUAUCAGGUUAAGUAUCAUAUCACAUUCUGAUGGAGUAGCUAUUCCUAUUUAGUGUACAUAUGAUUAAAGUCAGUAUUUCUUCUUUAGAUAAACAUCUGGCUGUGGACAGCAGUGGAGAGGUGUUUGGAAGGUGAUUUUGCAUAUCUUGUGUCUUAGGGCUCUUGUUUCAUUUUCUGAUUCUUAACCCUGACAAGGACAGAGCUCAUGUUUAUAUGACUGUUGAGAAAAGUUGAGAAAAAUAUUUUUAGUCCCAAGUUUAGACAGGCGUCACUACUUCUUUGCCUAUAUGUGUUGCCAUAGUCUCUGUCUUCAACCCUUUUCCUCGUCUGACAUGUGAAAGAUGGAGCAGUGGGAACAGUUUGUAUGAAAUGGACCAAAUUACCCUUAAUUAGAGGAGGGUUUGUUUUUUUACAAACAAAUUGGACAGCUAAAUACAUAAACAUACAUACUUUAUUGCUUACUUGUUUAAUUCAAGCACAAUGUACAGUGAAAAUGUACAUCAAACUAUUGACUUAAAAUCCACAGGUUAAACUGGAGACGUGUCCCAAUUUCAUACCUCACACUAAUUGUGAGCAGGUUUUGAGUGUUUUUACAGUAAAGUGACAAAAUUAGGUAUACUCAAAACAGUACACAUAGUGUACUCUAUAGAGUGCUCUGCUGUUGUCAUAUAAAACAUUAAAAUGGUAUACCAGAGCUGAUUUAGUAUUACAAUUAUAUAAAGAAAUUGACGCAGGACAGGCCUGAGAUAUUUAUUUUAAUGAGACAUUUAGUUCUUAGUAUGGGUCAAGCUCCAAACACGCUGGACCCUUAUUAUUGUUCGCUAUAAUUCAACUAACAUUAUCUCUUCUACAGAUCUGCCCACGUCUUUUAAUCGCCAUGUCAUACAAAUUACCACGAUGAUAUCAUUAUGACAGCAUCAGGGUUAUUUUCUCAGACUUAACUCUUUUCACAGGUUCAGUCAUACACCUCAUGGUAAGUAAACUGGCUGUCUGCAUGAGUAAAACGUGUGCAGUGGCCCUUUAAAAAGCUAAUUUCACAUGAUGCAGUUCUAGCAAAAUGGCAGAUUACAACCAAUAAAAUAUUCUCCCAUUUUAAAGUCACAGUAAUAAUCUUUAGCUUGCUGAUUUCUUGUAUAGCAAUUACAAAAACCACUGUAGUAUAAACAUUGGAAUCUGGUGUACGAGUAGUGUGUGGUAUGGAUUUGGAACAGUCCUUUUUCAAAGCUGACAUUUUGACUGAUUAUCGGGAAAAGCACAUGUGUAGCUAAUAAUCUUAAUCACUGCUCAUUUUCAUUUUGAUGUGCCAGUAAACCAGCAUGCACCAAACCAUGGCUGUGGAGCUGGAGCCUCUAGAUGCAAUGUAACUCUUAUUAAUGAUAUUAGUAACACCUGCAAGUCCCAUUGUCCACUGUGAGACAAGCCUGUUGUGUGUGUUUAUGUACCUGUGGCCUCACUGUAGGCCAUUAGUGGCCAGUUCAUCAGGCUGAUAAGCUGCGGCUGUGUCUGCUGCCUCCAUGGAUCUCCAAACAAACCCCUCUGCCGUAAAAGGGUGCACUUCAAAUUCAAGUUAUUUCCUCAAGUGUAAGUCCGAGAGAGAAUAAAGGCAUGGUUUUCAGACGGAUGACAAUCUAGUUGAUGACAUUUGAAAGCAGCGGCUGUUUGGUCUGAGUAAGAAUGUUGGAUAGAGAGUAUUUUUUGGUUUUAUUUCAUCAUGUUUGAAUUUCAGGGUGGUCUAAGUUCUGACAUGGUGAAUUAUAUAUCCAAGUAAUGUUGUAUGUGCAUGGGUUUCUCUCUCUAGGGAUAUAAAGUAUUGGUACUAUGUGAAUGGUAAUAUCUUUUGUCUCACCACUAGCCAAUGAUUGUAUAUUUUUAUAUACCAUAUACCAUACUAUAGCAAGAUAUAUCUGAAUAUAUAAUAUUUAAUCUCCAGAAUGUUAGUGUAAGGAAAAGGCAGGACACUUAUUUGGGAAUGUAGUUAUUGAAAUUAUGAAAAUGUGUCACAUAGGCCUACUGACUGAGGGUCAGUAUGAAUUUAUUGAACAACCACUUUAUUGACUGUAUUGUUGACCAAAUGGAACCAGCAGGGAAUAAUGUAGUUAUAUUUACCGAAGAAGAAACAUUGUAUGUGUAAGCUGAUGGCAUAUACACGAUGGGUUUUUAGGUCGUUUCACAACAGGCUUGGAUGAUUCCCCGACCAUGUGAUUCGCUGCAGAACACAAGAGAAACAGAAAGGCGACUUCACGUUUACUUUUCAGUCAUCUAAAUAGUGGAAACGCAGAAAUCGAUGCUGUUCACAAUUUGAUACCUACCUUAAAUUUUGAAGCAACAGAGAGAUCUGAAAUCUAAAAUGCGUUUGUUUAUAUGUUUGUUUGUUUUCGUGAAGUGUUCUGAAAGACAUGAACCUACCAGCAGCCUGUCAGCGCAGGUCAAAGUCUGGACGUUUUCCUACUGUAGCACAGAGAGACCCCAUCUCUCUUUCACCAAUCCUACAUCAGCGACACACACACAUACACACUGUACACAAAUGCAUUACUUAUGCUUUUAAACACAACUAACCAAAAAAAAAUCCACCUAUCAAGGACUAGAUCUCUCUAUGCUUUGAGCCAUUAAAAUCAUGUAGCUUCAAUUUUUUUCUUCCAAGAAAGGAAUUAGAGGACUUGAACUACAUCUACAACGCAGGCAGGAAAGUAAGGAAGUUCAGCGGCUGACGGACUAAGUCAUUUUUUGUGUGUUUAUGCAGCAUUGAAAAAAUGAGAAAAUGAUCAGAUUUGUUUUUUUUUGUGACAUCUAAAACUGUUGAAUUUAUCUUCUGCAUCUCGACAGCAAGAGCAAAAACUCCCAAAUCUUUUAUGUUUGUGUGGAAGAGCUGCUAUACAUGUACAUGAAUAAAUUUCAAGCUGCUCAGUAUUAAGAAAAGAUGUCAUCCAACAUGCUUUAACAAAUUUUACACACAUUUUAAAAAAGUAUUAGAGUUGUGUGUUUAUCCUAAACCUAUUCACAGAUAUGUGUUACCUAUCAGAGAGAGUGAGGCUGGAAAGCAGAUUUCCUCAUGUGCAUGUUGCUCAUCAUUGCAACAGAUAUAUUUUCUUGUAAACAGAAGUGUUUGUUGAUCAUUGUUUGAUCCUGACAAAAUAUUUUAAGAGGACUAUUUUGAAUAUAGAUUUUAUUUUCCUUUUUUUCUAGGUAGAAAUCAGCAUAGCCUGUUGUUGUAGGAAUCUAAUUAAAAUCUAAUUAAAAUAUGAAUUCCCUUUUCUGGAGAAACAAGAGACGACGGCCUCUUUGUUUUUCUGUUGUACAGACGUUAUUUUGAUGCCAAUGCUGGUGAACGCUUUAGGAAACGCAACAGAAAGUGAAAGGAGUAUAUUAUGAAACACAAGUUUAUAUGUCUUCUAUUUUAGAUAUUAUAUAUAGAAAAUACUAUAUCUAAAUUAUAAGAUAUUGAAUGGUAUUGAGUUUGAUGGACUGCAGAGGAUCAAAAGAAAUCUCGUUGAGAAGAAAUGCCCAGAUACUGUUUAAACUUGCUGGCAUUUUCUAUUUAUCAAGAUGGUUUCACCAUAUGCUAAAUGUUUCCAUUAGGUUCACAAAUCAUGAUCGAUAAGUUUCCUUUGUGUGAAAAUUAGCCUUUGUUGCCAGAACAAAAGCAGGAUUAUAGGUGGAGACAGAGUACAUGCAAUAGGAUUUAAUUACAAGAUUGCUGUGACAGUGGUGCAUUUCAUUAAAUAAAAGUGACACAUAUUAUAUAGAUGUUUUAAGAAUUUAGACACCUGAUGGAUUAAGGGUACGUCUUGAUUAAUUAGCAAGAAAUUAGGCAUCGGGCUGGGAGACUCUGCUCAAUUUACAGCCUGCAAAAUGAAUAUAGUUAUAUGGAUUUUGGAGGCAAUUUUAUUGCAGUCACCACGUUUGAAAAACCACGAUCAGUAUAGAAAGAAUCCCAACCAAUCCUCUGCUUCCUGUGCUGCACUGGUUCAUAGUAACACCCAUAGAUGGAGAAAUGUGAUUUGUUCACUUAAGAUGGUGGUGAGGAACAAAAAUAUGAUUUAUUUACAAGCCUCCUCCUUUUUCCGGAGGCUGUUGAGCCCUAAAACUAACCAAAUAGAUAAUACUUGCUUGCCCAAUAGAUUUAGAAACAACAUGUAGGAUAGAUAUGUCACCCAUUAUUGUGUAGCAGCUCCUACAGCAGCACCCCUAUGUGAACAUUUAGGAAGACUCUUAGUAUUGUAAGGACCUUGAACGCCUCAUGUUUAUCACUCAUUACUAAUCUUACUGUUAUUCAUAUAUUUAAAUUAAUAAUAAAUCAUAAAGGAGGUCCCUGUUUGCACAUAUAAGAAUAUCUGACACAGAGGUUACUCUCUGUUUCACUUUUUUGGAGAAGAACGCUGCAGCCCGCAGCCUUCUGACUGAGUAGAGGAGUUUUCUGUACCAGCCAGUGUUUCUUCAGGAUUCAGCUAACAACUCUCAGCUCUAGAGGUGUUGCAGCAGCUUUAUGAUGCAGACUUUCUGUCAAUGGUUCUGGUGGUUUAAAAAAAAAAA